AGUCAGCCUAAUCUUUUUUACUUUUCUUUUUAUUUUUCUUCAUUCAUUUCGUUAUUUUCCUUUUUAUUUAUUAUUCUCGUUUCGGUUUUUAUUUUCCCUCUCCAAUUCUCGCCGAUUUAUUUAGAGCCGACAUGCCGGCGCCGCCGUUUUAGACUCCGAGAAUCUCUCUCUCAGAUCUGUGGCGUCACCUUCAGGACUGGUGUAAUUAUUACUGCAAAAGGGCAGGAGAGCUACAGCGAAACUAUAUAUUUUGGUGACCAGAUGAUUAGAACUGAUGUUAUUGGCAGUGGAAGGAGGAGGGUUCUUCUCUUCUUCAGCUUCUGGGUAUAGCAAGGGCCUGACCCUUCUUCUCUUGGGUCAGAAGCACGAAGAUAAACCCAUGAGAGUUUCGCCGUGGAAUCAGUACCAGUUGGUGGAAAACGAACCUGAUCCUGACCUCCAGCUGGCUUCCUUGAAGAACAGGCUUUCCCGCGGGUGCGCCUCCUUUGUGUGCUUUGGUCGCGCUUCCGCAGGGCUUGAUUCUUCAUCGCCUCUCAAAGUAGGCCCUGCCCAGCAGCAGGAUGUCUUGCCGGAUCCACUUGUUACUGAUAAGGGCAAAGAUGGUACAACUGAAAUUGAGGUUAAUAGUAACGCAAGAAGAGUUAAUCUAAAGAGUAGCUUGAAGAAGCGAUCAAAUAGUGUCCCAAGUCCUGUUGACGAUGGUAAUCAACACGAUGCAUUGGGUGACAAGGGUACUGAUAUCCGUGGUCACACAGAAAAGAGAAAAGUGCAGUGGACAGAUGUCUGUGGGAGUGAACUUGCUGAAAUCAGGGAGUUUGAGCCAAGUGAAACUGGUUUAUCAGAUGAUGAAUUUGAGAAUGGAAACGAAAGAAGCUGCUCGUGUGUCAUUAUGUGAUCAAUUAUAUUACCAAAAGCAUUUCAUGGACUCAUUUUCCUGGAAAGCGACGAUGCGACGUUCAAAUUGCAAUUAACAGAGGUCAUCUGCACACUGCAUGCCGAUUUCUUGGUAAGGGAAAAGGCAAGUAAUUUGAGUGAAUAGCAAAUGCAACCAUACAAAGGAGCACUUUACCUAGCCGGCAAUCCUGGUUGGACUGAUUAUUUGUGUCUAUAUUUAGUUGAUGAGGAUUUCAAUUUUGUUACUCUCGUCUUCUUUGCUUUGUUAAAUUAUUUUCUCACUUGUGAUUGCCUCUGUCCAUUGUUUUCCUUUUUCCCUUUUUCAA